UUUAAGAAGCUCAGCGACAUUUGACAGUUUGCUAGAAAGUAGCCUGGCCAAAGGCCAAAUUGAGAUCACAUUUUGAUAACUGGAUCUCUUAUCACCUUUUUGGUUGCAUUUGAGAGUACUUUCCUAUUACGCACGUGACGACAGAACUGGUAGUAAAUCAUUGCGUUACAUAAUUGGAUGAUAUUUUUACGUAUUUGUUAACAAGACAUGAGUAUGCAACAAAAUGUAGAAGCGCUCGUUUUAUUAAAACCUUCCUUGAGUCCUUUAGGAAUGCCUUUAGCCCUCUUCGUUUGUACUGAACAUAAGUCCGUAAAAUAGUGCUUUGGAAUAGGUUACUAGGAGUCACCUUGCUUUAGGGAAAGAAACGGGAACGUUCUGAGGUGAUUGAAUGAAAUACACCAUAUAAUCCACCUAAAGUAUAAAACGAUCUCAUGAUUUCUCAAAGCAAAGUAAUAAUAAUUACCCAUUUUCUUUGGAAUAAUUCCUAUCAAGGUUCUAGAUUUAAGAAGAUUUUUUUCUCUGUAUAUUUUAAGCCUUUUUUAAACUAUAUUUCAUCGUCUACAGUCAAAAUGGCUGCCUUGCUGUGAUGUAAAUGAUUGCUUACAACUAACUUUCUUUGUUUACUUCCUUAGGUUACAACAAACUCAAUUAUGGGUUUUGGUUUUUUACUUUUAAUAAUAUCAUUAGUACCACUAUCAAGAGCGAAAGACCUCCGAUCUCCGACGUCAGCUGUUGACCGUCGAAGUGCUCCUGAUGCUCUUCUCGGCGAGAUCUUUAACGAUCCAAGCGCAACAAGUCUAACAAAACUCAACCUCGAGGAUAGUGACAGUGACAAUGACGACUUUUCCGGUUCGGGUUCGGAACUGUGGUCGGGCUCGGGUGAGUUGCCGAAGCCUUCCGAAGACAGUAGCACACCCAGUGAAGCCGUGACGACAGACAACCAACAGGGACAAGCGACACAGACGUCGACACAAACAGACGCGACUUCCAAUACAACACCAAGCGAAAACACUAACAGCUCUAAUAACAGUAGCAGUGCUGACAUAAAAGACAAUACAAACAUCUCAGAAACCCCCGCUGCUACCCCUGAGAGUACUAACUCAGUGAAUUCUUCUACCGCAGCACAAACUGCUCCUCAACAAAGUUCGACGGAAGCGCCCAUGACGUCACCAGUGGUGACGCCACAGGGCGCCGACGCAAAGUUACCCUCUACUGAGGAUCAGAGCCAAAAUAAAGUUGUGCAGACAGAAGAGAGCGACAAAUCUUCCAGUGACCAGUCGACUCCCAAUGCUGAUUUUUUCCCUGCACAAACACAAAAUCCCUUGGAAAGUAUUCCUGAUAAUCCUGCUGCGGCCCUUGUGGGGCAGCAGUCGCCUGGGUUUGACGACAAUUCAUUAUAUGACCCCACAAUAGUGAAGAAAACAGAUAUUCCUGUUGCUGCAGAUAUGUUCUCCAAUCCUUUAGUUAACAAUACAAUGGACAUUCCAGGAACUGCUCGUUCAGCAAUUCCGCAGGCACCGGUGCUUGCGCCGCAGGCACCAGCCGUUCCUAAGGCAGCCAUUCCGUACAAGGGUUCCUUUCCAUUACAGCUUCAUAAAUACUCACCAUACUCAAAGCUGAUGAAAAAGAACAUGAUCGCAAAUACGGGCUUAAACCAGGAGGCCGCAAAGAAAUCUGUGAUACCGCUCAAUGCCGCAGGGGGUCUGCGGCCGCUGACGGUGAAUCUGCCUCAGCAGCAGCAACCACAGCAGCAGCAAGAUUCAACAAACCCUCAAGGCUAUCCUCAACCCCAAGCGCCAGCCCUUGAUGUCAACCCAGCGCAAAUGCCUUUUGGAGACCAAGCCCAGGCCCCUCCUGCUGCACAACCUUUUGCCCCAGCCCCUACUACAUCACAGUCUCUUGCCCAAGCUCCAGCGGAGGCCCCACUGCAGAGCCCGCAGCAGGCACUCGACCAAGCUCAGGGAGAUGUUCCCCAGGCUUCGGAACAAGCCUUUGCUCCUCAGGUGGCUGCUCCAUCUAAUAUGCAAAUGCCAGGGCCAGAAAAUGUCGCGGCUGCAUUUCCAAUGAAUACAACCAUGAAUGAUGCUAUGGCUGGAGCCAUACCUCAAGAGACAACAGGAAUUCCAGCCCAGGGUCUGCAGGUUGUGCCAGUCUAUCAGGGGUUGAAACCCAAAAAGCCUGUCAUAGAAGAAGGUACAUAUAGUAUCAUAGUAGUUUGAAGACCUUACUCAUGAUUGCAAGAGUUCUUGAGAAGACUUAGUUAAGCAAAAUAAUGUUAUGUUCCUCUCUCUUUUUCCCUUUGAAAAAAUGAGAUGAAUAGGGAAAAUAUUUGUCAUUUUAGGCUCGAAGCCGUG